CUACGCAUUCAUAGAUGCAGUGUAUCUGCUGUACCUCUGUCUCUCCAUCCAAUUAACUUGUCAGUUUCCUCUACUAUUCAUGCAUCUAUCCCUCCAUCUCUAGUCCUCCCCCACCCUGGCAAGUCCUCAAGACAUAUAGAGGAACAUUUUCAUUUCCCUGCCUGACUACCCUCCCCAUCCUUAGUUCAUUCAUAAAGACCUGCAGUCCCUCCUCCUGCCAGCACAACCAGGUCUUCUCACGCAUCCGGCUAGAUGCCAGCCUCCGCAAAGGGGGACAACCCCCUGCUAUAGUUGGGGAGGGGGGGCACUAUCCAUCCCCCCUCCAAACACACAGCGACCCCGAGCUGUACAUCCAUUCUUGGAAGGAGAUGCUGGGCAAAGCAAAUCCAUGGCUGGUGAUCUUCUCAGCCCUUCUGGCAACAGGAGCCAGCUGGGAAGCAGACCCCCUCUGCCCUGCCAGGUACAAACUCAACUGCCUACUCCGUCGACGUUUGGGAUGCGGACCUGAUGGGGCGCCUACCUGCGGUCCCUGUUUCCCCAAUUAUGAGGAAGAUUCUGGUGGUGACUGUGUGCCAAAGAAAGUUCCUAAGCAUGAAAGCAAAGCAAAGACCCAGAAGAGGCCAAAAGACUUGCCCGGUCUCAUCCGGUCUCUCCUGGCCAAGCAUGAGAAAGAGCUGCGACCACCAAGCAUAGAGCCCACUCUGUUUGAGAGCACUGAAGAGUUUGAACCAGCCAGCUCCCCUACUCCUUUCCCCACCUCUCUCCCUACGGAUGUCUCCUAUUCUGCAAGCACCAUCCCAGUUUCUUCUGAGUCUUAUGAAAGCACACCGGUCCCGGCCACCACACCCCCACGGAUAGUGAAAGUGGAUUUCAAGGAAAGGUCCCGUCCCCCAGUGACUAACCUGAACAAAGCUGUGACCCUGACUCUUGUGGUGAUGUGCACAGUGACCGGGGUGUCUGGACUUGUGGUAGCUGCCAUUUGCUGGUACAGGUUGCAGAAAGAGGUGCACUUGGCUCAGAAGAUUGCAUACACAGCCAAUCGGGGGAACCAGUAUCGGUACCAUCAGCCCAGUGCAUACAUGGACUCUAGACUAGCUCAGUCUUGCCAGGUUCACCACUAUCAACAUCAGAAGAAACUCCUCACCAGUGAAGAAGAACCACCCAAACCAGUAGAGCAGAUCUCAACAGAAUCAGAAAAUGAAAAUGGAGAUUACACUGUAUAUGAAUGUCCUGGACUGGCCCCGAGUGGAGAAAUGGAGAUCCACAACCCACUCUUCGACACCACAACCCUGCACCGAUGUCCUCCCUAAGCGCACACCCUCUCUUCUCUGUUUUCUCUCUUUCCUUCCCCCCAACUUCUUUCCUCACCCACAUCUCUACCUCCUAGAUUGAUGCAAGGAGGAUUUAGACCUACCCAUUGGGUGCUGUUUCUCUAUUUUGUUCCAGGGGAAUUAAUUUCCUGUCUACCUAUAUUACUUAAUCAUCCAUUGCCAUUGUAUCAUUCUGCCCUAAUCCUGUGGAAACUAAUUAAUUCAGAGGGAAAAGACGGCCAGUCAUAGAGUAGAUCUCCUUCAAAUCAACAUCUCAAGAUGCGAAGUAACAACCAUCUGUUUUAGAGACCUCUUUCCAAGCUUGCCUUCAGCCCAUUAAUUUUCCAUCUGAAAGCUUUUUCUCCUCCUUAGUCCAGCUAGAGAGGUCAAUGUGAGUAGAGCUGCCUUCUUCCUUCAUUGCAUAGUGAUUGUGGACGCAUAUGCGCAUGAGGAUCUGUAUUCCCCAUCCAGGACGGGCCAAGAUAUUCUUCUGCCUGAGGCAGUGGGGCAAAUGCUUUCCUCCAUCCCAACCCCAGGUAAAUGUGAAAGAAUGCCCAAGGAAGAUCUAAUCACAUAAUUCGGCACCUGCAGCAGACAGUUCAAUAAGCCCUUUCUUCUCCCCAACUCUUCCUGAAAGUUAAAAAAAAUUGUAAUGACAGCAUGUACAUUUUCUGUUCAUGGUGAUACUGUAGCCUCAGUCUUUCUAAUAGCAAGACCAUCUCCAUUAAAAUAUUAUUUGAGGUUAUA